AGCCCACUAGACACGUCCAUCUGCGUGACAACGAAAACCUCCUGUUUCACAAGAUCUGCGCUCCCACUCUGCAUCACGCGCAAAAAAUGACCAGAAGCAGCACAAAAAUGGAGUCUAUGUAACGCCUCUCUCCAUAGAACUGGACAAAGACUACGCUGAUCGGAGAGGGGUUACUGUUGGUGGCUGCAAGAUGACCAGCGGUGGAUCUUCGGGUAGGAUGCCGACAUGGAAGGAGAGAGAGAACAACAAGAGGAGAGAGAGGAGGAGAAGAGCCAUAGCUGCCAAGAUCUACUCAGGUCUUAGAGCUCAAGGAAACUACAAGCUACCUAAGCACUGCGACAACAACGAGGUCUUGAAGGCUCUCUGCUCCGAGGCUGGCUGGAUCGUUGAAGAGGAUGGCACCACUUAUCGCAAGGGAUACAAGCCUCCUAUAUCUUUGGUAGAGAUGGCAGGAACUCCGAUGAACAUCAGCGCUUGCUCUUCUGUUCAACCAAGUCCACAAUCCUCAUCGUACCCUAGCCCUGUACCUUCCUACCAUGCCAGUCCGACAUCAUCUUCAUUCCCCAGCCCGACCCGAUUCGAUGCGAACCCAUCUAUGUAUCUUCUGCCAUUCCUCCGUAAUAUUGCUUCCAUACCGAAAAAUCUCCCUCCUCUUCGAAUUUCCAAUAGUGCCCCUGUAACCCCUCCGCUUUCUUCUCCUACUUCGGGUUCGAAGCGAAAAAUUGACUGGGAAUCGCUUUCAAAUGGUUCUCUAAACCCUCUUUUCAACGCCUCUGCUCCUUCAAGCCCUACACGCCGCGCCCAUCUCAAGCCGGCCACGAUACCAGAGUGCGAUGAAUCUGAUGCCUCAACCGUUGACUCCGGUCGAUGGAUGAGUUUUCAGACGGUAGCGCCUCAGGCUGCUCCGCCUUCACCGACAUUUAAUCUUGUUAAACCUUUGGUUCUGGAGAGUAAUAUCCGUGAUCUUGCUGCAGAGAAAGGUAGAUGCUCGGAGUUUGAGUUUGAAAAUGGGAGAGUGAAGCCAUGGGAAGGUGAGAGGAUUCAUGAAAUUGGUGUUGAUGAUCUGGAGCUUACACUCGGGAGUGGAAAGACUGGGAGUUGAGGUUCUGGUGCUGAAACUGCUUGGGAAUUUAGGAGAUCAAAAGGCAUGCAAUUAUUCGUUUGUGUGUGCUCAACAGUGCCAAUUGCAUCAGAUUUCAUGAUGGGUUUCCUGCUAUUUCUGCUAUUGGAGACCCUGAUUUACUUUUAUAUUUGAUGCAGUCAAUCUUUGUUUUUCAUAUGUACAUUGUUGUGUCCAUAACACACUGGAUGAUAUUGCUCAUGAGCAAGACAAAGUUUCAUGGAAGGACUACAUUUCCAAUGACUUUCAUUAGGAGAUCAGCCUGAAGCAGGUGAUUGGAGGUUACUUUCUUCCAUCCCUUAUGUUGAGAGUAAUUUCUUGAAUUCAUCAUUAAUCGUAGGAAUCUCUUCAAUUAGCAUAUGACUAUUUGGUCUUGUUAUGUAUGGUCUUUGGAUCUCAAAUUCUAGGGCUCUGUUAUUUUAUUGUAGAACAUGUUUGUAUCACUUCCUCCUUAAAAUUUUGGGCAACAGAGACUAAAAUUAUUUCAAUGUGGUUCUUAUAUUUUGACAUAUCA